UCUCUGUGCAUCAUGCAUUUCUACAACAGACUUUGGUGUCAUAUUUAAGGCCUUUGUUUUUGUUUUGCACUCAGUCCAUAACCCGUCUCCAGUGUGCAGCUCUCAUUUGUGUUUAACAAAAGUGUGAAUCGAUUACGCCGUAUUGGAUUUCUCAUCUGGAAGUGUGUGCGCUCUGUCUUGGAUUUCUCAUUGUCCCUCGCAGUUACUCAACAGGUCUGAGUUGUUUUGGUAGAAGCGAUUGCGCAAUCAGGCGCUGGAGCAGCGCUGUGCUAUGAGCCUCACAUAAGCAGAAGUGUCGUUAUGAAACUGUUUACUGGGUGCUGGCUGUGACGCACAGUUUGCAGUUUAACUCCUGAACAAAAUAGCUGUUCUGCAGAAUAAAGCACACAUCUGUGGCAGCAAAAGUUCAUGUUUUGCACAAACAGACCGGUUUGGCACAGAUUUCUAUUGUCGGGAUUGUUCACAGGAUAUGAUGAAUAGCAUGGCUCUUGGACAAGGUUCUGUUUUCUCAUGUGCAAACGAGCAAAUGAUUUGUUGCAGCAUUGAGUGAGUGCUUCUAAUGAGCACAUGUCCUGAAGGUUUGAAAUCUGCCACUGAGUCUAUGUGCAGUUUUUUAUGUAUAAGAAGGACAUCGUUUUUUGGUGUGCAACAUCUCAGUAGCACAAAAUAGCCUGCCAACUAUUCACAGCUGCCAGUGUGAGCCGUUUCAGCGAUCAGGAAGCGUGUUUCCAUUGAAACAUGCUGAACAUACGUUUGUGUUCAGGUCCUUGAACCUUCAGCAAGCACUGAGUGGAAGUCUCACAAACUAUGUACUUCACAUUCAUCUGGGAUGCAUGUGCUGUGCAGUUUUAUUUUUGCAGAUUUUAAACAGCCAGAGGUGCACAGCUAGGGCACAGAAAGAGGGAUGAAGCUCUGAGAGUAUGUGUGUGUCUGCAAGAGGAACUGGCAAUUCCAGCAGAUGGUGAGCUGCACACCUCAGUGUCAGAGUCCCCGUCUUGAUGCUCACUGAUUCCUGAGAGACACGAGGCUCUGUAGUGACACACUUACAUGCUUGCAGGCACGAGCACGGAGAUGCGUGGAUCUCCUGUGAACAAACGAAGGGAGGAAGCAUGAAGCACAACACCGUCUUACACCGUUAAAUCUAUUAUUUAAACAUAUUGAAGAUUAUUGGGAGAAACUUCUCAAAAGUUGUCUGCACAGAAAAAUGAACAAGAUUUGCAUGUGCUCCCAGUAUCAGCGCUAAUUAAGGUACUUAUUAGGUCAUGCACAGGCCUGACUGGGUUACUGGCGCUCUGCAGGAUGCAGGAGUAGCAAAAACAGCAGCUGUUUACCCCGUGUGCAAGUGUGUAUGGAGACAUGCUUGAGAGUGGAAAAUAUUCAGGGGUUCUCCGUGUUAUUGAAAGCGACUCUGUGUUUGUUUGGGACCAGUGGCGCUUUCAGAUCUGGCGAGCAGAUCAGCAUGCGCGACGCUGCGCUCAAGGCCCGUCUCUUGUCUCAGCAGGACGCCUUCCAGAUGAAUGAGAUGGCAAAGUGUGGGGCCGAAGGUGAACUGCUUCAGAGGCGACUGGGUGUAAAGGAGCAGCAAAAUGGGGAGCUGGGAGAAGACUCGGGGCUCCCUGCGGAUGGUGGGAGACAGACGGACUCGGAUGAGCGCGAAGCCCUCGUGUUAUGGAAGAAACCUCUGCUCACGCUUCACUACUUCACUCUGGAACUGCUGAUCACCCUGAAAGGCUGGACGUGGAGGCUCUGGCAGCAGAGACAGACUGUGUUUGGCCUGCUGACCCUGCUGAUCCUCCUCUCCAUUGCCUAUCGUAUUGAAGGAGCACACACCCAGUAUGUGUGCUACAUGGAGAAGAAGACGCUGUGGUGUGCCUACUGGGUCGGCCUGGGCAUCCUCUCCUCUGUGGGUCUUGGCACUGGCUUGCACACUUUCCUCCUUUAUCUGGGACCACACAUAGCAUCGGUGACCCUGGCGGCCUACGAGUGCGGCUCUGUGGAUUUCCCCGAGCCACCGUAUCCAGAACAAAUAGUUUGUCCCCAACAGGAAGCACCAGCAUCAGAUUCUGGUGCUGAGCAGGUGGGUGUGGAAGCUGUGGGGUCAGAGACGCUCCAGGGAAAAGUCUCACUGUGGACCAUCCUCUCUAAAGUCCGUCUGGAAGCUUGUAUGUGGGGUGUGGGCACAGCCAUCGGAGAGCUGCCUCCGUACUUCAUGGCGCGAGCGGCUCGGCUGUCUGGCACUGAACCCGAUGAUGAGGAUUACCAGGAGUUUGAGGAAAUGCUGGACCAGGCAGAGGCCACGCAGGACUUCUCCUCCCGGGCGAAAGUCGGCGUACAGAAACUGAUCCAGAAAGUGGGAUUCUUUGGGAUUUUAGCCUGCGCCUCUAUUCCCAAUCCCCUGUUCGACCUGGCAGGAAUAACAUGCGGACACUUUUUGGUCCCCUUCUGGACUUUUUUUGGUGCAACACUGAUCGGAAAGGCGCUCAUCAAAAUGCACAUUCAGAAACUGUUUGUGAUCAUCACCUUCAGUAAGCACAUAGUGGAGCAGAUGGUCUCCCUAAUCGGAUCUGUUCCACUGCUGGGUGCGGCACUGCAGAAGCCCUUCAGGGAGUACUUGGAGGCCCAGAAGGCCAAGCUGCACCAUCUCACUGGAGAGGGGAUCCCAGCUGAGGAGAGCUGGCUGUCGUGGCUCUUUGAGAAGGUUGUGGUCAUCAUGGUAUGCUUCUUUGUCUGCUCCAUUGUCAACUCCAUGGCUCAGAGCUACGCCAAGCGCAAACGGCAGGAGAAGUAUUCGGAGAGCAAGGCGGAGUGAAGGCCGGCUCGAGAUCAAAUCGGUCCAUCACCUCCAGGCUGCUACCACUCCUUUCCUCCUAUCUGCUCUUCCUCCUGGCUGAUCCCCCGCUGUGUAUUUAGGGAAAUAUGAGCCCCAUCUGGUUUCUCUCUUGUGGUAUUAGCGACUUGGACUUCUAUUUGCUUGUUGUUAAAAGCUUUGCAUUUGGUAGGUGUUUGCUGGGCUGCAUGUGAGCGCGUGGAAACUGCAUCAAUGUUGGUGCUUUUAGGAGCUCCACGUGAUAAUUCUCCCCAGUAGGCCUUAAGCUGCACUGUUUAUUCCACUGGUGUUUAUUCCACUGGAUUUGUCUAAUCUGAAUAAGCUAGCAUCGUUGCAAUGGUAUCUUAUAAAACCAGCACAGAGUUUGUUUUAUUUGGUUAAGAAACAAUGACUUAUUGUUUAUCUCUGCCAGCCUCGUAGGAAUCCUGUAUUUAUGCUGGACUGUAGCUCGGUGUCAGGCAAUGGUAACUCUUCUUAUUUCUAAAUAUUGUUGAGCUCCAAGUUAAUUGUAGUAGAGAUGUUAAUAGAUGGUUCCAGUUGUAAAUGGUGCUUUAGACAACUACUUCUUUUGUGUGUACAGUAAAGCGCUCUGUAGUACUUUUGGAGAGAAAUGAUAAAUCAGCCAUGAAUCACCCGCUGGUCCCUUUGUCUGCCCUUAUUGUUCUGCUUCCAGGAAGAGAGCGCAUGACUCAGCCUGGGGCUACUUUACCAGAUGCAGCCGUAUAUUGAAUCAGAUCUACAACUGUGCGCGUGCCUGUGUGUGAGACUGAGAGCAAGACGGAGAUAGUAGGUCGUGUUGGCAUGGCUGCCACAUUUGUUGCUCUCCUUUUUUGUUUUUUUCUUUUAUGGAUUAAAGCAGACUGCGCUCCACUCGCAGCCGGGGAGUCGGAGCGAUAGCCGCCGAUCCCUCACACUUAGAGACGAUCUCUGUUAUGAUGUCAGAUGUUCUUCUUUGUCUUCUUUUUUAAAGCCCUCUUCUCCCGCACGAGGACGCCAGGCUCGUGUUUGAUAUUACGCGAGCAGCUCUUAAAGCAAAAGCGCUUCCAUCACAUUUUUCUCUUUCUUUUUUUGCUCCCUGGAUAACGACAGUUGGCUCUCGGUGUCCGCGGUAUCUUCCUUUUUUCAGUAAUUGCCAGUGAAAUGUGCUAUUUCUUCUCUGUACCGCUGUUGUGCUACGCUGGACUGAGUGCAGCGGGUGCUAGAGCAGGCACAAGCAGCGGGGAAAAAAACCCCUCAAGUGCACAGUGAAAAGCGUCUGUGCCGUUACCUCAGCUGAACCCUCGAAUGAACUCGUUGCACUGCCCGAGUCACGGAGCCAGGAGACGAAUCACUCGAGUAGAUUCGAAACAGAGGGGCACUGUUGAGCGAGCUGAAGCCUGCGCUCUGCACCGGCUCCAGUCAGAACAUUCACAUCGCCUCCUUUCUCCUGUCGUGGUAAGUAGGAUUAGGGCUCUUUCUCUUUUCCUUUUUUUUCUCCCCCCCCCCUUUCAUUGUUGUCGUUCUGUACAUGCAUACGUCUCAGGCAUGUCCGUCACACUCUCGGCCUGUCAGAUAGCUUAUCAGACUGGUGUUGGCUGUUAAGAUUGCAAGGCGACAACAGUCUGUAGGCUGUCUGACAUUUCGGGCUCUUUCAUCUGACCAGCAUCCUGUUUUGUCCUCCUUCUGUUAUUGUCAUUGUUUCAGUUAGCAUCAGUUCCCAUUUAGAGGUGUGUGCCACGAUGUCACUUCCCUUUAUCCCAACCGCUUGUGAAACGUCGGCGAUACGGGUCUGUUAUUUAUUUCCUCCGUGCUGACGUCUGUGAGGGUUUUUCUGUCGGUCUGUGUGAGGAACUGUGAAUUCACACGUAAUGAUGUCAGCAAUGUACUUCUAUGUGCACGUCUGUGUGAGUGUGAGAGUUGGCUCUUUCCUCUUGAAUUUCCAGAGAAUCCAGACAGCGUACACCUUAUUGCAACACAUCAUAUUGUGACACUCGGUGCUAGGUAUGGUACAUGCAGUGCUUACCCAGCUUUCCUUCCCUUUCACACUUCCCUGUUCUGUUUUACUGAGAACUUUCUUCUGUUGCUCAAUAUGUACUUUUUCUUUUGUACCGAGCUGCAUUUUAUUGGAACAGCUCUUUGAGGGGGUGUUUUUUUUGUUUUGUUUUUUCCAACAGCCACACAUCGGUAAUUACACAAAGCUGAAAAUCAUUGCUUGACCAGUGAAUGCUUGUGCUGCACAGACACAUUUUAUUUUAGGUUCGUCUUUUUAGAGAAUAGAGCAAAAGCUGCAAACGUACUCCCGGUGAAGCAAAAUCACGCUGGAAUGGCUCGCUGGCUUAAAAAGUGCUUUUCUUGGCACAUUCAGGACGUCCUGUUCCAUAAGGGAGCCCCCUUUUGGCAAAUACAGUGUGCGUGUGCGUGUGCAUGUUUGUCUAGAAAUUCUGCUUAUAUUUCUACGUGUAAGUGCCUGUAUUUCUUGUUGAAUAUGUCUGUACCUGUGCUAUUUUUAAAGGUGUUCACACUGUUUUUUUAUUCUACUUUUUCUAAAUAAAGUCUAUUAAAAGGA